AUGUUUUGCACAUGAUUUACAUGAGAAUCCUGCAGAAGGUGUAUGGAAUCCGCCUGGAGCAUUUCUACAUGAUGCCAGUCAAUGUUGACAUAAUGUAUCCACAGAUAUUUGAAGGCUUUCUACCUGUUUGUAAUUUGUAUAUCCACAUGGAGCGCCUGCUUCCCGUGUGCCGGAUUAAUGACUUUCAAAUUGCCGAUGUUUUAAACCCAAAAACAAAGAGGACAGUUCGCUUCCUGAGCGGCAUUCUCAACUUCGUGAAUUUCAGAGAAUUCCGACGUGAGGUCUACUUGGAGUUACAAAUGAACUAUAAAUCAGCUAUGGAGAAACACCAACAACUGGAGACAGCAAAUCGGGAGGCAGUGCUGAAGCUGGAGAAACUGAACACUGUCCCAGUUGAACAUCAAGCAGAAGUCAAGCAACUGACAGAGAACAUUCGAGAACUGGAGCAGCUACUGAGGCAGGACUAUCGUCGGAAACAAGCAGCUUUGCAAGAAGUGAUUUCACAAAAAAAGUCAGAAAUGGCAGAGGGUACCCGAAAACUGAAUGAGCUUAAAGUGAUGAUGGCUACUUUGAAAGAAGAACAAGAGCAGCUGAAAUCGAAAAUCGUGGAGAGUCCAGAGGAACUGAAAAAUUACAAAGAACUGAUGAAAGAGACUGUUAAGAAACUGAAGAAAUCCAAGCAAGAAGUUACUGAGAAAUAUGAAGGUUACAGAGACCUAGUUGAGGUUCUGCCAUCAUGCCAGCUGGAGGUCCAGUUAUAUCAAAAGAAGAUGGAACGACAAGGAGCAAAUGUGGAGAUGCUGGCCAGUGUAUUAUCAGAGGUCAGAAAUCUGGAGGACCAGCUUGAGAGUGCUCAGAUCGAGCUGAAAAAGGGGAAGACAGAUGAAAUGUCCUUAAAGAGACUGGUCACUGCAAAACAUGAGAAGCUGUCUACAGCUGAAAUAAGGAUUAAAAAGAAGCGUGAAGAUGUUGAGCAAUAUAAGCACACUGUGUUUGAAUAUUGUAACAGAGUUCAGGAGAAGAGGGGUGCUGUAUAUGACAAAGUAACAGCCAUUCACAAGGAAAUCCAACAGACAAGGUUCAAAAUUCAGCAGCUGAACGAGAAUGCUGAAAAACAAGAAAUGAAAGCCAAGGAAAUAUACCUAAAUCUGAAAGCUGGGUUGGAGAAGCGUCACGAGUCUCUCCUUAACAUAGCAAGGAAUUAUGCAGCCUCAAGAGAAGAUAAAAUUGCUGAACUAAAGAAGGGGCUGCUUAGAGUUCAGACUCCUGGAAGUAGUUCCUAGACCUGUCUUCACUUGUGUUAUAUUUUUAUGUUUAUCCUCAUGUCUGGACUCAAGAGCUUGUGCUUUUCAUGGGAGGGAUGAUUAUUCCAGGGGAAAGCCAGCUUUCUCACAAACCAUGUCAGAAGACACUUAGCUUUCUAGACAGAUCCUGAUG